UGUCAGUUGAGUAUUAAGGACUUCAUGGUAUUUUAAUGAAGUGCAAUGUUAAUGGAAAAUGACGAAAAAAGCUGAAUUAUUUGUGAAGCAUAUUCUCGGAGUUCUCAUUUUAGUGAACAUAAGUACAGGAGAAGUUUCAGAUCCAUUGUUUAGGAGAAUUCUCUUACUCAAAUCUGGAUCCGCAAACAACUUUGAUACCAUGUGGAAUUCUCAAAUAGCCAUCAACGACCCGUACGGCAACUACUCCUUAUUAGAGACUGGCGAGGAUUUGGCUGAUAAACCCGACUUUAAAGUAGUAAUUGAUCCAUCUUGGGGUGUCAUGAAUAAGAUAGGAAUAAUUGGCCUCAAUGACCUUGGAGAUGAAUUGUUUCACGUAAGUUUUGAUGUAACUGGACAGCCCACUGCAAACGUGAGCGAUUGGUUUAUCGGAUCAUACAUGGACGACGCAUUUUUACUGGACCCUAACACAUUAUCUACAGUAGCAAGAAAUGGGACAAAAGAGUUGAUAAUAAUGGCAUCAAAUGAGUGUUGGUUCUCCAUACUCCAUUCAGCGACUGUUGAUCCGAAAAUUGUGUUAUCUGUUAACUCGUCUGGAACCUUAUCAACAGGAGCAGUGACCGAUGUAGCAUUCGACAACUGUUGGGCAGACUGGGAGUUAGAUCUGACGUUUAGUUUCAUGGAUGAGACUGGGCUUACUGUAGAAAGCUGUGCUUUGACGUGUGCUACAACAUACGUAGCUUUACAGCUGGCAAAGAAUUGCUUUUGCACAGAAUUCAUAAGCACAUUUUCUCCAGUGGCACACAUGUGUACAGAAGUCUGUCCUGGAAACGUACAGUAUAAAUGUGGAUCAGUAAGCGAAGGCUAUUUCGCAGUUUAUUCGGCAACAAAAUCACCAAGUCUAAAUCAACUGGACAGUCUCCCGGAUACACCAGAUUCAGUUCCUCUACUAACACUUACUUAUACUGGAGCAUGGAACCAUACCAUAAAUAUAUCUACUGAACUGGUAUCACGUGGUUGGACGGAUGACUUCAUUUAUGUUGACAAAAUAAGUGUAAAUGCUACGAACUCUACUGGUCAUAUAAUGCUGUAUUCAUUCUUAUACUGGCUUGGUGAUCACUAUAAAGAAUAUGAAGAUAAAGGCAAUAUUUAUUUCGACACAGAUGGAAUUCCUGUGGAUAUACAUGUAUUACUAUUAGAAGGGUUACAAAUCCUGUAUGAGUGGGAUGUUGUACAAUCAACAAUUCAACUUUAUGGCCCUUCUGAGAAUACGUAUGUGGAUGUUCCGAUGAUUGCAGUUUUUGCACAAUUUGGAAAUACAACAACAACAACAACAACAACAACUUCUACUACUACUACUACUACUACUACUACAGUCUCGGGAACAACAUCAACAGGCAGUUCAACUGACGCUGUGACGUCAUCAAUAUCAACAACUAAUGCUCCGUCAACCACUCAGUCCAAUAUAUCAUCCCUUUAUUAUGUGUUUGAUAACCAAUCCAUACUAGUAAACGGAACAAUGUACUGUCCAUGUAAUGAGACUAUAACUAGUACAGUGACCCCAAAUCUCACGUCCAUAUAUUCAAAUUCCAACAAAACGUUUGAGGAACUCAUUGCAGAUUUAACAUUAGACGCAGAUACUUUAUCUUCUAAUACAAGAAAAUACAAAAGUGCAACUGACAAUCGGGCAUCGGCCACCACCCUAGGUACAGUGGGGAUUGUAAUCAUUGUUUCUUGUAUCUCAUUUAUAGUUUAUCUAGACAGUGCUACAUUAAUAUUAGAAGCGACAAAGAUAAAGAAAAAUUAUAAGAUUCUGAAAAAACGGCUCUCGAAAAGAAGUUUGAAAGUGGAGGCAAUACAAGUCCAAUGCAAAGACGAUGGGCCAGAUAUUCCUGAUAUAUUAAAAUAAAGUCGUUCAUAAAAAUACAUACAAUAAAAUACAUGUAUAUGCUUCAAGUCAUAAGUAAUAAUUUCACAAUCAGCUGAAAGUAGGCAUAUACUGAUACUGCGCCGUGCAUUUUAACGAAAAGUAGGCCUGUAUCGAUGACACAUUCAGCUCACCGCUGCUAAUGGACACUUGUGGAAUCGUCUGAUUUCAUAACAGCUCCUGGUGAAUGAUUAACAUUGAUAUGCCAGUAACUGUACAUAUGAUCAUCUUCACAUUACCAUUUAAUAUCAAAGGGCUGCAAGCUCUGUGGUAUUUUCUGAUCUUUGCAAUCUAAAUCAUACUGACUAUCUGUUUGUAUUUUCCUGUAUAAAUUUAUUUUUAUAUACUAUAAUUCAUCUUACGCAGCGACUGCGUUUAGAUUUUUUUCUAUAACAGUUUGAGAUUGAUACAUAAUUAUGGAAUUUUGCAUGACUAGAGUUGCAUCAAAAAAUCAUUUUUCAUUUUUUAUGACAGCCACACUUUAUCCUUGCAUAUCGUGGCUACUUCCUUAAAAUGACAUUUCAAAAAAAAAAUGCCUCGACUAGGAUUUGAACCUUAGGCCUCUCACACCCUAAACGAGCCACGGUGAAGUA